CGCGACUGCCGUCAAGCGAGCCGCUUCCCGCCGCGCUGCAGAAAGCAGGAACUACCAAUCACCCCAAAAAGAUGAAAAGGGUUGAGCUACUUUCAAAUGACAAUCGAGUGAGCCCCGAAGACUAAUGAAUAGAAUCAACAAGAACGUGGUUUUGGCUCUUCUAACUCUAACAAGUUCAGUGUUUCUGCUGUUUCAGUUAUACUACUACAAGCACUAUUUAUCAUCAAAGAAUGGAGCUGGUUUCUCAAAAAUCAGAGGCAGUCACGUGGGACAAGAUAGCGCACAAUGGCGUGCAGUCAAGAAGUUUCUUAUGGUAGCAUCCAGUCAAAACGUACCCGUGACACUUAUCGAUCCUUUAGUUCUGGACCUGAUUCGUAGAGACUUUGAACAGCUCGAAGACUCUUCUGAUGGCAAGACCUCCGAGUGCAAGUAUUUCUGUGCUAUCCGAGAUGUCACCACAUUUGCAGUCCUGGACAAACAGUGGGAAAACGAAGUGGGUUGGUUUCAAGCUGCUGAGAAAAUGGGAUUCCAGUGGGUCGAGAUUGAGAGCAAAGACCCUCGCCUGGAAGGGAUGGAUUACCUCUCAGGGACCGAAAUCCCCCUGCACUACGUCUUCAGGUUGGCAGCCCACGCCAUACACCUCGUGGUUUUGUACGAGAGGAGUGGCAACUACCUCUGGCACGGCCGGUUGCGACUAAAACAGCACGUGGACCGCAAAUUUGUGCCUUUUCGAAAACUGCAUUUUGGCCGUCACCCUGGGGCUUUGGACAAGCCAGAACUACUCCACGUUUCUAUUGAUGGAAUACAAGUUCAGAUUCCAAAAGAUCCGGACCGCUUUCUAGAGGAAAUAUCACACUCUAGAUUUCUCGAGUGUAGAUUCAAAGAUGCUCGUGCUUUCUUUCAGCAGUACCCUGAUGACGUCUCUCUGGAAGCAGUAGAAUUUCGGAAAAAAGCCAAGGCAUUAUUACACCUGGCAGCUCUGACGUUACAAAAUUUGGGAGUCCGAUUCUGGCUGAGCAGUGGAACCUGUCUCGGUUGGUAUCGACAGUGCAAUAUAAUUCCUUACAGCAGAGAUGUAGAUUUGGGGAUUUUCAUACAAGACUACAAGUCAGACAUUAUUACAGCAUUUCAGAAUGCAGGACUUCCUCUUAAACACAAGUUUGGGAAGGUAGAAGACAGCUUGGAACUCUCCUUUCAGGGAGCAGAUGAUGUGAAACUUGAUAUUUUUUUCUUCUAUGAAGAGAUUGACCACAUGUGGAAUGGAGGCACCCAGGCUAAAUCGGGAAAGAAAUUCAGGUACCUUUUCCCCAAGUUCACCCUGUGUUGGACUGAAUUUAUAGAACUGAAGGUCCGCGUGCCCUGUGACACCAUCCAAUACAUCAAAGCGAACUACGGCGAGAACUGGAUGAUCCCCCUGAAGACGUGGGACUGGAAGAGCUCUCCUUCCAACGUGCAACCCAACGGGGCCUGGCCGGUGGCUCAGUGGGACGAGGUCAUCCAAGUGUACUGAGCCACCCGACUGAACUCACAUCUCCCUUCUUUUCCCAAGCAGGGGGGAUCGUUUCCGUUUUUAGCAGCAAAGGCGCACCGUUUUCCCAAUCCGUUGGUGAAAAGCAAAAGGGAAAUUGCAGCCUCAACUGCACUGGUCCGUUUGUUCCGAUCAGGGCUCGGCCUUGCCGCUGCUUGAAGCCCGAAGGGCCCCAAGGCUAAAACGGCUGGGGGUUCGAGCUGGGGUUAGUACUCAGGGGAAGGGAGUUUGAAUCCAGAGCUGAGACUGAGGGGUAUUUAUUUCAAAGUUCAGGAGAUGAUCUGCCAGAAGACCUAAGGGGCUGAUACAGUGCUCUGCACACAGUAAGCGCUCAAUAAAUACAAUUGAAUGAUUGAAUGAAUGGCCUCAGCCUAGCAAAAGAAAAAAAUCCUGAAUCGAAUGGUUCCGUAACCUAAGUAGUACUGAUGAAAUUGAUGCUAGUUUAUAUUGAAGGUACUCGAUAGGGGCUGUUCUCCCCGUGGGUGGGUCAUUAUGGAAAAGACUUUUACUAACCUUCUAACCGCUGUAUAAAAAGGUGAGACACUGGCCAAGAGGUCAGAUGGAAACGUGCUAACCACAAGGUCCCAGCCCAUGAUUUAUUUCGCUAUACUGUCCUUCCCAAGUGAGGUAAAAAUAGGAGGUGUACUCAGUUCUCCUUUAACACAUGUUUCCAUUACGUGGUUGGGUUAGGACCCUAUUGAGGAACGAAAGCACAUUGUUCCCACAACAUACAUUGAGCUGACUGGCUACGGGGGGAUUCGCACAUAGGCAUAGGUAGGUAUGGUGUCGUGAUCUUGUGCUUGCAUGUAAUAUCGAGCAAGGCAGGAAUACCGUACCAUCAGUUUUCUAUACAGCACAAGGUCCUUGGAGAACACGGCUUCUUUAUGAUAAAACUGCUGACCGUGUUCACGUGGCUCCAGCUUUUAAGUUUUUACACCUUCCCCUCUCCUUCCUACAUUCACGUUAGCCACAGAUCUCCAUUCAUCCCCCACAAGUAACAACUAGACUUUUCAGACUUAGAGAGAAGCCAUAGGAGUCCUUUCAUGGUGCAAGAUGGAUUGAGCGAUAGUACAUUUUGCACUGGACUAGCCCAUGGACUAGCCCAUGGGUGAGAAACAUAAGUCUCCUGGGAGAAAUUGUCCCAAUGUUCAGUUCUGAAAUUUGCCUGUAGAAAUUCUAAUUCAGAUUGCUUUCCUUUCACAAGGUGAUCAUUCCCAGCUAAAAUAACACUGGACUUUUAAAAGUAGGUCAUAUCCAGUGCUACAGAAAUUUUUACGGUGAUGGGAAGAAGUUGAGACAGUAAUUUGCUUUGGCGAAGGAAAUAUGACCUCGUGCCCUCUUUUAGGGCAUUCAAGAUUGCCUAAUCUUCUGCUAAAUAACUUGAGCAUAGUUGAGGUCAGGGCAUUGCCUGAUAAUGCAAUGUGGAGCUUCAUUUUUAUCUUGACAGCCCCAGAAUGAAAAGACAGUACUGACAGCAUCUGGAUAAAGCAGUUGCUAUGUUCUCCUAGCUGGAAAAAAAAAAAAUUAAGGUAAACACCCCUUCUUUCUUGAAGUAAAGCAGUGGCUCAAAUAUGAGAUGUCAGUGUGUACUUAGUUAAAUAUUCUGUGUUAUUGAUGAAAUUGAUGUUAGUUUGCAUUGAAUGUACUUGUUAGGCUGGUGUUUACACAGAAUUUGUAAGCUAUGAGUCAGUGCUUGACUGAAUAAAUUUUUUUCUAAUCUAUUGAUGCA